UCCAGCCACACUGUGUCUCCUUGUUCUUUCCUGCAGCAGAGAGCAGAAGGCAGUUCACCUCUGCUCCCUGAGGUCUGGAAUCCUGCAAGCCCUGAGUGUCUGAAGGCUGUUCUUGUGAAACUACACCCUUCGCUGGUUGUGUGAUUGAUUGGGGCACUCUUAAGUUUCACCUCAACUAAGGGGUUUUGGGGAAGAUCUUCAGUACAGGGCUGCAUUUCAUGAGACUGAAAACCACAGAAGAGAAAGGCAAAACAACUUGAAUGUGAAGAAAUGAAAUCCCAGAGGAGAACCUCUUUGUGCUUCAUGUUUGCUGUGAUUUAUUCUUCCCAAGCAACGCUGAACUUGGAUUUAGAGUCUGUUGUCCAUCCUUUAAUUCUACAAGAACAUGAACUAACUGCUGCAGAACCACUAAGGCAAAAACGAGCAGUUGCCACGAGUAGCCCUGCCUUGGAGGAGUACACUGUUGAUAUUGAGAUCAGCUUUGAAAAUGUAUCCUUCCUGGAGUCUAUCAGAGCCCGCUUGAACAGCCUCAGUUUUCCAAUUCAAGGAAACAACACUGACCCAUCUACUGACAUUUUAAGCAUAGAGCUGACAACUGUCUGCAGGCCUACUGGAAACGAAAUCUGGUGCUCCUGUGAGACAGGCUAUGGGUGGCCUCAGGAAAGGUGCCUCCACAGUCCCACUUGCCAAGAGCAUGGCAGCUCCCUUCCAGGGCAUCGUUGCAGUUGCCUUAGAGGACUUCCUCCAAAGGGACCUUUCUGCCAGCUCCAGGGAGCAGAUGUUACCCUGAAAAUGAAAGUCAGACUAAAUGUGGGAUUUCCAGAAGACCUUAAGAACACAUCCUCUGCCCUCUAUAGGUCUUACAAGACUGACCUGGAAAGAGCGUUCCGGGAGGGUUACAAAAUUUUACCAGGCUUCAAAUCCGUGACUGUGACAGAGUUCACCAAGGGCAGUGUGGUUGUGGCAUAUGAAGUCAAGUCUACAACACCACCACCUGGAUUAAUUCAGAAAGCCAACGAGCAAGUCACGCAGACCCUCAAUCAGACCUACAAAAUGGACUACAAUUCCUUUCAAGGGGUGCCUAGUAAUGAAACUAAGUUCACCGUCAUACCAGAAAUCAUCUUUGAAGGGGACACAGUAAGCCUGGAAUGUGAAAAUGAAGUUUUGUCCUCCAAUGUGUCUUGGUACCGGGGAGAGAGACACAUUCAGAACAGCAGCAGAUUCUCCAUUUACACCUCGAUGCCCAACAACAUAACCUCAGUAUCGCGCCUCACCAUUUACAAUGUCACUCAGGGUGAUGCAGGUGAAUAUGUUUGCAAACUGAUAUUGGAUAUUUUCGAAUAUGAGGCUAAAAAAAAAAUUGAGGUGAUACCCAUCCGAAUUUUGGCAAAAGAAGAAAUGAAGGUGAUGUGCGACAACAAUCCUGUAUCUUUGAACUGCUGCAGUGAGAAUAAUGUAAACUGGAGCAAAGUAGACUGGAAGCAGGAAGGGGAAAUAAGAAUUCUAGGAAACCCAGAGACAAACCUAGAUUCUAAAUGCAGCAGAUACACCCUCAAGGCUAAUGGAACCCAGUGCCCAAGUGGGUCAUCCGGAACAACGGUCAUCUACACUUGUGAGUUCAUCGGCAUUCAUGGAGCCAGAGGCAGUAAGAACAUAGAUGUGACAUUCAUCUCUGUGGGAGAUAAUUCCAGCCACAAAAGGGAAGUGCACGAGUUCCUAAGGCAUGUGAUGGAAGUGAGUACAGUUCAGAGCACCACCGGGAACAGCCUAGAAACAAGUAAAGCCCAGGAGCAGAAAGCCAACCUCACCAUAACCCCGGACCCAAUUUCUGUUUCUGAGGGACAAAACUUUUCCAUAAAAUGCAUCAGCGAUGUGAGUAACUACGAUGAGGUAUACUGGAACACUUCUGCUGGAAUCAAAAUAUAUGAAAGGUUUUAUACCACAAGGAGGUUUCUUGAUGGAGCAGAGUCAGUGCUGACAGUAAAGACCUCGACCAGGGAGUGGAACGGAACCUAUCACUGCAUAUUUAGAUAUAAGAACUCAUACAGUGUCGCAACCAAAGAUGUCACUGUUCACCCGCUGCCUCUAGAGCCCAACAUCAUGACUGAUCCUUUGGAAGCUAGUGUUUUAUGCAGAGGCUCCCAUUACUUCAAGUGCUGCAUAGAAGAGGAUGAAGACUAUAAGGUCACUUUCCAGAUUGAUUCCUUGACCUUUCCAGCAGCAAAAGAAGUUAAUGGAAAACAAGUGUGCUACAAACACAAUUUCAUGGCAAACUCAUUUUCCUGGUGUCCAAAAAAUGUUAAUGCAUUUUGUCACUUUACCAAUGCUGCUAAUAAUUCAGUCCGGAGCCCAGCUAUGAAGGUUUCUCUAGUUCCUGAAAAGAACAUUACAUGCCGGGAUCCCACAAUAGGCGUGGGGCAGCCAGGAAAGGUCAUCCAGAAGCUAUGCCAGUUCUCCAAUGUUCCUAGCAGCCCUGAUCGUACCAUUGGUGGGACCAUCACUUACAUCUGUGCAGGCUCCCGGUGGAAGGUGAAGAGAAAAGACUGCAUCUCUGCCCCAAUAAAUAGCCUGCUCCAGCUGGCCAAGGCUUUGAUCAAGAGUCCCUCUCAGGAUGAAAAGCUCCCUACAUAUCUGAAGGCUCUUUCUACUAGCACAGGCAAGGAGGAACAGGAAAUCAGCUCAUCACCAGGGAGCCUGGGAGCCAUCAUUAACAUCCUGGAUUUGCUCUCAACAGUUCCAACCCAAGUGAAUCCAGAGAUGAUGAAGGAUGUGCUGUCUACUGUGAACAUCAUCUUGGGCAAGUCCAUCCUGAGCACCUGGAAGGUGUUACAGCAGCAGCAGACCAACCGGAGCUCACAGCUACUACAUUCGGUGGAAAGGUUUUCCCAAGCGUUACAGUCUGGAGACAAUACCCCAUCGUUCCUCUCCCACCCCAAUGUGCAGAUGAAGAGCAUGGUGAUAAAAUCCGGCCACACGAAUGUCUACCAACAGGAUUUUAUUUUUGUAGACUCUGACCUCUGGGGCAACGUGGCCAUUGAUGAGUGCCAGCUGGGACACUUGCAGCCAGAUUCAUCUAUUGUCACGGUGGCUUUCCCAACACUCCAUGCCAUCCUGGCUCAGGAUAUUCAGAAAAAGAACUUUGCAAACACCUUGGUGAUGACAACCACUCUCAGCCACAAUAUAACCAAGCCGUUCAGGAUUUCCAUGACUUUUAAAAACAACCACCGCUCAGGAGGGAGGCCGGAAUGUGUCUUCUGGAACUUCAGUCUUGCCAACUCCACAGGCGGGUGGGAUAGCAGUGGGUGUCAGGUGAAAGAAGUCAGUGGGGACAGCGUGUCCUGUACCUGUGACCACUUGACAUCAUUCUCCAUCCUCAUGUCUCCCGACUCCCCAGACCCUGGUUCUCUCCUGAAAAUACUACUAGAUAUCAUUUCUUACAUUGGGCUGGGAUUUUCCAUCUUAAGCUUAGCAGCCUGUCUAGUUGUGGAAGCUGUGGUGUGGAAAUCAGUGACCAAGAACCGGACUUCCUACAUGCGCCACACCUGCAUAGUGAACAUCGCCACCUCCCUUCUGAUUGCCGACACCUGGUUCAUUGUGGCCGCCGCCAUCCACGACCAUCACUAUCCACUCAGUGAGACAGCCUGUGUGGCGGCCACCUUCUUCAUCCACUUCUUCUACCUCAGCGUCUUCUUCUGGAUGCUGACACUAGGUCUCAUGCUCUUCUAUCGCCUGGUUUUCAUUCUGCACGAUGCCAGCAAGUCCGUUCAGAAGGCCAUUGCCUUUUCUCUAGGCUACGGCUGCCCCUUGGUCAUCUCAGUCAUCACAGUGGGGGCUACCCAGCCACAGGAAGUCUACACAAGGAAGAAUGCCUGUUGGCUCAACUGGGAUGACACCAAGGCUCUGCUGGCCUUUGUAAUCCCAGCACUGAUCAUUGUGGUGGUGAACGUGACCAUCACGGUUGUGGUCAUCACCAAGAUCCUGAGACCUUCCAUUGGAGACAAGCCAAGCAAACAGGAGAGAAGCAGCCUGUUUCAGAUCAGCAAGAGCAUUGGUGUCCUCACGCCACUCUUAGGGCUCACUUGGGGUUUUGGUCUAGCCACUGUGUUCCAGGGGAGCAAUGCUGUCUUCCAUAUCAUAUUUACCCUCCUCAAUGCCUUCCAGGGAUUAUUCAUUUUACUCUUUGGAUGCCUCUGGGAUCAGAAGGUACAGGAAGCUUUGCUGAACAAGUUCUCAUUGUCAAGGUGGUCUUCCCAGCACUCGAAGUCAACAUCCAUAGGCUCAUCUACACCUGUGUUUUCUAUGAGUUCUCCAAUAUCAAGAAGAUUUAACAAUCUUUUUGGUAAAACAGCAGCCCCAAAGGUCCCCCCAGGCAAAGACGGAAACCUUGUUAACAGUUGCAGUUCACGAAUCUGAUGGAACGUACAAUGUCUCCACCCCAGAAACAACCAGCUCCUCCGUGGAAAACUCAUCCAGUGCUUAUUCAUUGCUCAACUAAGAACAGAAAAAUCCAACCCACAUGACCUCUUGGAACCGGUGGACGUGAUCUGAGCAAGAGACCCUUUCAAAGCUAUGGGUGAAGUGUUCUCUUGGCAGGCUUCUGGGAACAGAUGCUGAAGAGUCUUUUCCACUAGAAAAGAGGCUUUCUUUUGUAAAAAGACAGAUAAAAGGAAUGGUGAUGUUUAUUUUUGCUCCCCACCCCUACCCCUCUGGUGAUGCCAAGUGUGUAUAGUAUUUAAGUGAAACUCAAAUCCCCCAGGCCCGACUUUUCUGUCUAUAUUGUAAAAUAGAAUUUUGUAGAGACAUUUCACUUUAUGCUAUUGACUACAAAGAUAAGCUUUGAUUAAAAUAAUAAGUAGGAAGCUAGUACCUAGGAAAUAUUUAAGCAGAUUGUAGGAAGGAAGGAAGGAAUGGAGGGAGGGAGGGAGAGAGGAAGGAAAGGGAAAGAAAAAGAAAAAAAGGAAGGAGAAGGAAAAAUAAAAAAAUAAAACAACAUUAAGGACCACAUUUCAAGGUUUCCAUGGUAAUGAUCUAAUAUAAUCACUCAGAUAUUUCAACCCUGAGAGGUUAAAAAAAAUAACUCAAAAAUGGACACUGAAAGUAAGAUGAGGGGGAUGAGUGUGGUUAUCUUCCUGAUAUUUUCCUAGUUAAGAAGGAGGGGGAAAGACUGUGGAAAAAUAGGAAAUUACAUCAUUGGGAUGCUUUCAAGUGGAUAAUGAUAUUUAUAAGCAAUGCAUCCAGGGCGCCGAGGUUCUCCUAAUGUAGACAUGCGUGGAUUCCUUUGUGUGUCAAGGUCAAACCUAAGUGAAUGAACAUGCAGAGGAAGUAUGACUGCAGGUCUUCAGAUUCAAGUAGAUCCCACUGCUCACUGAAGGUUUUCAGUUUAUUGAAAAAGCCUUCUGUUUCAUUUUAGCACACAUUUUGAAUACCAAAAAGAAAAUUAUAUUUUUAUACCAACGACUGGCAAAUGUGACAUAUUGCACUGAAAAUGGACUCCAACUGUCUUAUAUGUAACAGCUUUAACCAGGUACUUCUUCUCUGUGCAUUAUAGACUAGAUUUUGACAAUCUGCUGACAUUGUACAUUACAGUUGUUGUUCUUACUGAGCCUAUGAUGGCCCUUGGUGUGCUGUAAAGCUCUCUGUGCAGUAUUUCUUUCAGUUCCCAGACCAAUAUACAUUAAGAGUUUUGUAUGGUUCAGUUUGCAUUUACUACAACCACUUGGAAAGCUUCCAGAGAAAAAUUUUACAGAGGACUCUUCAAAUGACACUUUACCUUGAUGCGCAAAUGGCAGAACUUAUCCCAAGGAUUUGAUCAUUUAUGAAUUAUUGGUGUGUAUGUUGUUUGUGUGUGUGCAUUUCAUCAAAAUACAAAUAUUUAUUAAACUGUAUCCAUAUUAGAGUUCAACAUGGGCUGUAGAUAUAGCAGCCCAAAUAUUGCAGAUCCAUCCAAUCCUGAUCCCAAAGGGAAAUGUAAUAGGAACAUGGGGCUACUCAUGACAGUGUUCAGUGGGGUCUUCAUAAGGACUGGGAACAGGAAUGGGGCCCUAUUGUUAGAAAGAUGGACCAAGAGAGUCUGAGAGUCAACAACCUUCUCCCCUUUUAAACUGAGGCUUGAGAGUUUUAUAUUAACAUUUUAACCCUUGAAAAUCUCUCUUUCUUUUAAUUUUAAAUUCUACCUCUGCCUCUCUCUUAUUCACAGAGUACAAGAACGGGGUCCUAACAAUGGUUAAAGUCAGUGAACUCAAUUUCUACAUGUUCAUAAAUGCCAUAGACAUCUCUCCCAUGUUUGCUCCAGAAUUGUCACAUCCCUGCCUCAACUGAAUUGUGUCGUUUUUAAAUUCCCUAAAGGAAAUGGUCAUGAGGCUAUAAAUGCAGGACAUGUUCUCCAGGCAAUGAUCAACCUGGGUGCAGAGCUCAGCACUGAGAAGACAGAGGCAAAGGUUCAGGUGGAGGAUCCAUUGAAUUAGAAUUAGAUAUAUCAAGAAAGAUCAGCCUCUACUGGUUUGGUUCCUGGAGUUAUGUCAAGAGAGUAGAGGCGAGCUAGGGUGAAAUGCUAGCUGGUUAAGCAUGCCAACAGGGGAACCACAGCCCUGGAAGGAGGCUGUGGCCGUCAUGUUAAAAACAACAAGGGAACAAGAAACACUGAAUUUCCAUGGGCUUUGAUAGAGUUCCCUUGGGAGUCAUUGUGCUUGAUCUUAUGAAGGGAACCUCCAUAAUGACAGGAACUUUCCGUGGAAUUCCCUCAGGUGUAGAUCUGGCCCUCUGCCUACAGUCGUUAACAGAGGCACGUUCCCUUGUUCCCAACACACCCAGCCCUGCACACAUGUGCCCACACAUGCACGGGUGCACACACUUGCGUUCACACACAGGCAAGCAUGCACCUCCCUUUUGACCGCAGCACUGGAUCCAAGUUCCAGAAAAGUCCUGAGAAUGAAGUAUAGAAGAAACUCUUUCUGGUAUUCUGCCCACUGCAAUAUACAUAGUUCAAACCUAGCCUUUCCUACGAAUAUCCCAAAAUAAGCAAUAGAAUUCAAAACUGUAGAAGAGGACCGCCCAUGGAUUGGCAAAUUUGAUGAAAGCCAGAGCCUUCUUGGCCCUGAGGUCGCUGAUUCUCAAGCAGCAAGGACAGCAGGCAACUAGCAGCAGAGGAGGCACAUGGAUGCUGAUAUGGGUGUCAAGUGAGCCCCGUGGUCACCUCACCUUGUACCUAGUGCUUUCCUAUUCCUGACAUCUCUCAGUGUGUCAGUCAAAUUCAAGGACCAAAAACUUUCUUGAAUGAAGUUGUUUUAGUCAUCUUUUUUGGUUGCUAUAACCAAAAGUCCUGACAAGAACAAUUUUAAGGAGGAAAAGUUUAUUUGGGGGCUCACAGUUUGAGAGGUCUCAGUUCAUAGAUAGCCGGCUUCAUUCCUUGGGGCUUAAGGUGAGGCAGAACAUCAUGGCAGAAUAAUGUGGCAGAAGAAAGCAGGUCAGGACAUGGCCAGCAAAAAGCAGAGACAGAGACUCCACCCAACAGGGAUAAAAUAUAUGUUCCAAAGGCACACCUGCAAGGAGCCACCUCCUCCAGCCACUCCCUACCUGCCUACAGUUACCACCCAGUUAAUCCCUAGUAGGGGAUUCAUGCACUGAUUAGGUUCAGACUCUUAGAACCCAAUCAUUUCACUUCUAAACUUUCUUGCAUUGUCUCACAUGUGAGUUUUUGGGGAACAUCUAAUAGCUAAACCAAAACAGAAGUGAAGGCAGUUUCUUGCAAAGAAAUCUGAGUUAAUAUUUUAGAGAUUAUGAAGUCCAAGCAUUCACAAAUGAACAAUUAAUGUAAACUACAGUCAUGCUGUCUGGGAAUGUUCUCAAUCCAUCCUUUCUCUACUGAGUCACAUGUUUGCCAUCUUCCUCCCCAUUUCCUCUUGCUUAUUUCAGGAAAAAGAUAAAUAGAUGUCCAUGGAGUUUUCAGAAUGUAAGGUGUUAAGGUCAGAAAUGAAGAAACACUGAGGGAGGUUGAAGCCUCUUGUGUGGAGAAUUUCAGAGAGGUCUGAUUUGGCAGUUUUCAGACACGAAGAUGAGAAAAAUUAGAGUAGCCAGCAAGGACAGGUGGGAGGUGUGGGGAGUAACUUCCAGGUAAGUGGAGCAGAAGUCACAAUCAUACAGGAAGACAGAAGGGAAUUGUGUGGUCCUAGAGAUGCCUGUACGUGGAACACAUUUCAUUUGUGGCACGGGAGGAUGAUGUCAAACAGCAGCACUGCAUCCUGAACAGAAAGCCAGUGGCCCAUGCCCAUAAAAGUCCCAUUCCCUGAGAGUCCAGAAUAAAGAAGGAGUUCACAGUGGACAUACCUCUCUUAUGUGUUCUCUGAAAGGCAACAGAAAGAGCGUCUCACCUUUUCAAAGUUGUUGACUUUAAGAUCAGAUGUUAUAGGUUUCUAAAAUUAUGAACUGAGAUUUUUAAAUCAUGUCUUAGUGGUAUGCCAGCAAACAGCUGUUUCCUUUCUUUGCUUUUAAUAAUAAAAAAUUGAAUGAGA